AUGCACCGGGGAGCAGGCCUGGCCUUUCAGGUUGUCAGAAAGAUGGCGUCUUCUGGGGCGGAGCCGCAGAUCCUGGUACAAUACUUGGUGUUACGAAAAGAUCUAUCGCAGGCUCCGUUCUCCUGGCCGGCGGGCGCAUUGGUAGCCCAGGCUUGUCAUGCAGCCACUGCAGCCUUGCACCUUCACCGCGACCACCCGCACACCUCGGCUUACCUCGGGGACCUGGGGCGCAUGCGUAAGGUGGUUCUCGAGGCCCCAGAUGAGACUACCCUAAAGGAGCUGGCUGAGACCCUGCAGCAGAAGAACAUUGACCACAUGCUAUGGCUUGAGCAGCCAGAGAAUAUCGCCACUUGCAUCGCACUCCGGCCAUACCCUAAAGAAGAAGUGAACCAGUAUUUGAAAAAAUUCCGAUUGUUCAAAUGACUACUGCUUUGGUAUAGUUGAAUAUCAGCUGGGUCCAGAAGUAGAAUUCCAUCCAUCCCUAAGCAUGAUGUACUCCUUUCAGUGUCAGUUUACUCUUUCAGUUGUGGUUUCCUGAGAAUCCCACACAUGUUCAAAUUAAAGUUGUCAUAAAUAAAUACUUCCUCCUAUUAUUAAUUAGUUCAAAUGAGGAAAGUAGGUGAACAGCAAUAUUAUCUAUGGGCCAUUAACCCAAAUAGAAGAUUUACUUUAACUCUGGUAUGAGGAAUUGAGGAAACUCACAUUUUGUUAUGAAUAAUGGAGUUUUUUUCCCCCUCACAGCAGGGGAUUGAAUCCAGUGGCACUCUAACACUGAGCUACACAGUCUGUGUCUUUUGAUUGAUGAGUUUAGGCC